CCGAAAUGUAAGUCGUUUAAGCAUUCGACGUGCAAAUUUUGUUAAGCUACGAAUAUUUUCCACUUUCCAGAAAUGCCCUCUCGUUCGUUCACCUCACCCACUCGAGCUCACUCUCUCUGGUUCCCCUCUCACCCACCCCCUUCUCGAUCCCCUCCAGAUCCCCGUCGUCGCCGGCCUCUCCUCGUCGUCGUUCGCCGGCCUCUCCUCGCCACCACCGCGUACUCUGUUUCCUCCCACCGCGCACCCCGUUUCCUCCGGCCGCGCACACCGCACCGUAGGUCAAAAGCUUGCUUUUUUAGGCGCCGUCGACGAGCUUCUGGGCGGCGGAGGAUGGAUCCGCGUGCACUGAAGCUGGAUCCGCGCGUGUCGACGCCGUAGCAGCGGAGCAGGGCCAUAGCAACGCCGUCCUCCUCCACGACCACACAACCGCGUCGGCGGAGGACCCGAAUCCCUAGCCAGCGAGCUCAGGCAGCCAUGGAUCCAUGGUCGAUGCCAUGGAAGAGCCACCAACAGCAGCAGCUAAGAUAUGGACAUGCAAGCCGCUGCGCUCCCUGAUGCAUCAUGCGUGCUGCCCUCCCUAACCACCGCUUCUCGGACUCUACUUCUUCCUUGGUCACCAUGGAAGGUGGAGUGUUGUUGAGGUCUGGGAGAACCAUCUUCUACAGGCGAGACGACGAGGCCGUUGUCAGUGGUGAGCUGGUACUACAGGAGAAGGAACAUGCCCAAGAGAAGAAGGAGCACGCCCAGGACAACAAGAAGGAGCAGGAUAAGGCCCUAAGGACCUGGGAUCGCUGCUGCUGGACCUGGGACCUAGGAUUGCUGCUGCUGGACCUGGGACCUAGGAUUGCUGCUGCUGGAACUGGGAACUGGGAUCGCUGCUACUGUGUGCCUCCUUGGCACCCCUGGAUCUAGGAUCGCCGCUGGAGACAAGGACCUGGGAUCGCUGUUGGAGGCGAGGACCUGGGAGCGCAUGGGACCUGGGCGCAUGGAGGAGAAGCAGGGGCAGGCGGAGGAGAAGCAGGGGCGGGCGGGCGGACGAUGUCCUGGUGAACAGGCGGGCUAUGGCCUGGCGGAUGGAGGAAGAAGACGAUGGGGAUACCGAUUCAAACUAGGGGCAACGAUGUAAAUUCCACCGUUUUCACUUGGUUGGAACGAAUCCUCCAGCGACUUACAUUUCGGAACGGAGGGAGUAAUUCAUACUGGAGCAGAGCAGCAAAAGUGAGGAACACAGAUAGUGUCUAAAAUUAUACAAGGACAAUUGUAUGUUUACAACAUUCAUACAAAAGAAACCUGACACAGUAA